UUCAACUCCAACCUCGCCAGAGCCGUCGUCGUUGGAGCUUUCCCCAACUAGCCUGGAAAUCUGGACUUGAGAGAUUCCGGACUUGGGAGUUGGGACCCCUCCAUCCAGGACGACCACGAUCUGAACCUCGAGUUGAUUCCUCGGGUUUCACAAUUCUCAAGAGCUUGCAAGGAAACCUUUUUCUCUUGCUUGCUGUAGUCUCUUCUCCUCUCCCUUCUCCUCACGGACCCUUGUCGACGAUCGUGUGGCUCCAUUCCAGCAUUGUCCUAUCUACCUUUUACCAGCCUGGUCUCUACCUCAUUUAUCCCUCCUCCCCUUUACGUUUUGAUUAAUUUUCUGUUUCCUGGCGCUGGAAUUGCGGCUUACCGCACUCAUCCAUCAUGAGGUUUGGAGAGCAUCUCCGAUCAUCUAUGAUCAAGGAGUACUACUGGUACUACAUUAAUUAUGAAACUCUCAAGAAGGCCCUGAAGACGGGUUAUGUCACUGAACCUACCCCCGACAACUCAAAACCCGACCGCAAGCCAUGGACGGAGGAUGAUGAGAAACACUUUGUGACUAUCCUGGAGAGCGAGCUUGACAAAGUCUUCAACUUCCAAAAAAUCAAGAGCGACGAGAUUGUCCGCCGUAUCCAGGCCAGCGAGAAGGAAGUCAAUGACGUGGUGUCGCGCCUUGACAGCUCUGGCCGCCCCAGUGCUCAGGCGCCCACCGACGAGGACUUCCUCUUGCUCGAGCAGGUAUUGAGUGACAUUAUCGCCGAUGUUCACGAUCUGGCCAAGUUCACCCAAUUGAAUUACACCGGGUUCCAGAAGAUCAUCAAGAAGCAUGAUAAAGAAACUGGUUGGCACCUCAAGCCGGUCUUUGCCGCUCGCCUCAAUGCCAAACCUUUCUUCAAAGAUAACUACGAUGCCUUCGUAGUGAAGCUUUCUAAGCUCUACGACUUGGUCCGAACGAAGGGAAACCCCGUCAAGGGUGACUCGGCUGCCGGUGGCUCUCAACAAAACUUCGUCCGUCAAACCACCAAAUAUUGGGUUCACCCCGAUAAUAUCACAGAGCUCAAGUUGAUCAUUCUUAAGCACCUUCCCGUUCUUGUCUUCAACCCGAGCAAAGAAUUUGAAGAAGACGACUCGGCCAUUUCCUCCAUUUACUAUGACAACCCCGAAACAUGGGAGCUGUAUAUGGGCCGCCUGAAGAAAACUGAGGGAGCGGAGGCGAUUCGUCUACGAUGGUAUGGUGGAAUGGGCAGUGACCAGAUCUUCGUAGAACGCAAGACCCAUCGUGAGGAUUGGACUGGAGAGAAGUCGGUCAAGGCGCGCUUCGCUCUCAAGGAGAAAUACGUCAACGAUUAUCUUGCUGGUCGACUCACUGUGGAUCGCAUCUUCGAGAAAAUGCGAAAGGAGGGAAAGAAGAGCGAAGCUGAAAUCGCGGAUCUGGAACGCCUGGCCCGCGAGAUUCAGUACCGAGUGAUUUCGCGAGGGCUCAAGCCUGUUACCCGAUCUUUCUACCACCGAACUGCCUUCCAGCUCCCGGGGGAUGCCAGAGUCCGUAUCUCUCUCGACACCGAGCUUACAAUGACGCGGGAGGAUAAUUUGGAUGGCCGCCAAAGGACCGGGAACAACUGGCGCCGAAUGGACAUUGGAGUCGAUUGGCCAUUCUCCCAAUUACCGCCUGACGAUGUCGAGCGCUUUCCCUAUGCCGUUUUAGAGGUGAAGCUCCAGACACAAGCCGGCCAGGAGCCACCACAGUGGAUUCGGGACCUUGCCUCUAGCCAUUUGGUUGAAGCGGUACCGAAGUACAGUAAAUUCAUCCACGGAACUGCCACUCUCUUCCCUGAGCGCAUCCACCUCUUGCCAUUCUGGAUGCCGCAAAUGGAUGUUGAUAUCAGGAAGCCUGCGACACGCCCGUUUGGUAUCCAGCGACCAUUAACUAGCACAUCCAUGUCCGCCAACGAGACCCCCGAAGAUGAGGAGGACUCUGAUGAUGAAGUGUCGGACGAAGCCCAAGCUAGCAAUGGGGGAGCCCGUACUAGCCGCUUACCUCCCCCCGAGGCUGAACCGGAUGCUUUGUUUGAUGAAACGGAUGGAAACGCGCUGGAUAUCGAGGAACGCAUUGCGGCCCAGCCCUUGCCCGGUGAUGAGGACUAUCCUCUAUACGACUCGGACGAAGAAUACAUGGACUCCGACGAGCUAGAGGAGGCGCGUCGGGUUGGUGGCAGGUAUUACUAUGAGCAGCUGGCUAAGUAUUAUGCUCAGAAUUUUGCAACUGGGUUGAUCACGGUGCUUAAGGCACUGAUCCCUCGACCAAGACCGACAAAUAUGCCACCUCCUGAACAGCGAGGAAUUGCCGUCAUGGGCAAUAAGCGGACGGUUAAGCGGUUUGUUGCUCCUAAGGGUAAACGCAUCCAUGUCCCUGUCCGCGUCGAACCCAAGGUCUACUUCGCUGCCGAGCGCACAUUCCUGUCUUGGCUUGAAUUUUCUAUCUUGCUGGGAACGAUCGCCGCCACCCUCCUCAACUUCGGUGAGGAUUACAUCACUUUCGCCUGCUCCUGGGCCUUUACCAUCCUUGCCGCAAUUGCUCUCGUCUACAGUCUAAUGCUGUACGUCUGGCGUGUCGACAAGAUCCGCAAACGACGAGACGUCAAACGAGUCUACUACGAGAAAUGGGGUCCCACUAUCGUCGGCGUGGGCCUGGUUGCGAUCAUGCUGGCCAACUUCGGGCUCCGUAUCCGACAAUCAGGGUUUAUGGCCAAGGACGGAGACUCUUCUGGUGACCUGCGCGGAGGCGAGCUCUGAUACUGUCUAUCUGUCUAGGGCGUGUUGUGUUUAUUUUGGACUUUGUGAGCUCCGAGCUGCAAGCUUCGAAUUCGAAAAAUGCUUUUAGAGGCGGCUUUCUCUCGUUCUCUUUCCCUUUUUUUCUUUUUCUUUUUCUUUUUUUUUUUUUCUCCCCUCUCUGUACAAUGCUCAAAGUGAGAUUGUCCUGGGUAGAGGUUGUGAUUGAUUGAUGAUCUGUAUAAAACCAUGGCUCUGUUCAACUUGAAGUUCUGUCAUCCCCCCUGUGCAGUUCUUAUUGUUAUGAUUAUUGCAUGCGAUUGGUCUCUUUGGUUUUCUUUUUUGUACUGGAUACGUCUUUUGUCUUGAAUAAUGAAAUGAUAGUUGAGUUCGUAUUACAUAAAACUUAUAUGGUCUCUUCCCAUCCCAUGUAGGGUAUGAUAUGAUGUAUAUAGGCUACAGCGUUUUCAAAACAA